UUUAUUGAAAAUCUGAAAUCAAAAAUAAAAACUUGUAGAUUAGUACAAGUAAUUGCAGAUUUACGGAUGGAGGCAAAAUUGAAAGAAUACCGUGCUCUCCGACGCCGCAAAGAAUUAAUAGAUAACGCUAAGGACAAAUUCGAAAGAUCUAAGGAGAAGCUAAUAAAUUUUUUAGUGCCCAAAAUAUUCGGAGAUAUGGAUAGAGAAAAGAAUGAGGAUGAAGUUCUUUUAAUGGAACAUGAAGAACUGCCAAAACCAGUAUUGCCACUCAUCCAACCUGACGAUUCCAGUAGUAACGAAGAGGCUACUUCAUCUACGGAAGUUAAUGAGCUAGAGUCAUCUGAGGAGGAAAACCAAGAGUCUUGGCGAUAUUUCAUCAUCAAAUGGUCCCUUUACAGUUUGACCUGGUUGACACUAUAUAUUUUUUUCCUACAAAUACAAUUUGGUGCAGUAUUCUUUGCCACAUCUGUGUUAAUUGGUAUAUAUUUUAAUACACGCACAAGGCCAAAACAAAAAGGAGAAAUGUCAGCAUACAGUGUAUUUAAUGAAAACUGUGUUAGUAUAGAUGGUGCAUUAAAUGCAGAACAAUUUGAGAAAGAAUUAAAGUAUGGAAUGAAUAUAUUCCGAUAAAUUGUUAACUAUGUAUGUUGUUCUUAGUAAGAGCAAGGGUAUUUUAGCAAUGAUUUUCUGAGAUAUUUAUGCAACACAAUAUGUUAAAAAUCAUCUCUGUACUUUUUAUGUGUAGUAUUUUCUUUAACAAGAUGGAUAUUUUAUACAAAGACGAAACGACUGACUUUCAUGCUAUGCAUAUUGCAGACUACGUAGAAUGUUAAAAUUUAAUUUAUUUAUUAUUCUUAAACUUGACGAAUAUGUGUACUUAAUAAUUAUGUGAGGUUUGGAAGUACAUUUCAUAUAUUAAACUAUUGAUACAGGUUCGCAGGAAUACAUUACAAAACGUUGAGUUUCUCUGCUUUUCAGUGCUAUAAGAACUUUUCUAGUAGUUAAAGUAGCGUAUGACGCGAACGAUCGGAUGGCAUAGCCAUACUCGUAAUUAUUAAAA